AUGAAUUGUUUCUUGGGAAGAGAGCUUAUCUCUUUCUUCUGUCUCACAGUGAGAAAAAUGUGGCUGAAGUUUCUUUUGGCUAUUCUUCUCCUGCAUGUAACUGCUGCAAAGGAACCUGAGCCGCAGUAUGUCCUGAUGGUGCCUGCUGUCCUCCAAACUGAUUCUCCAGGUCAGGUUUGCCUGCAGUUCCUUAACCUCAAUGAGACAAUAUCCAUCAGAGCCAUCCUAGAAUAUGGUGCUGUUAACACCACUAUUUUUGAGAAAACCAUGACAGCAAGCAAUGGUCUACAAUGCUUCAACUUCACGAUUCCUCCUCUCAAUUCUGCCCCAUUGGCUUUCAUUUCCUUCUCUGCCAAGGGCAGCACAGUCAACCUAGAAGAGCGGCGGUCGGUGAUGAUCUGGAACAUGAAGAGCAUUGUCUUUGUGCAGACAGACAAACCCGUUUACAAACCAGGACAGAGUGUGAUGUUUCGUGUUGUUGCCCUGGAUUACAAUUUUAAACCUGUUCAGGAGAUGUAUCCCUUGAUUGCAGUUCAGGAUCCACGGGGCAACAGGAUCUUUCAGUGGCAAAACGUGACAUCGGAGAUGAACAUUAUCCAGAUUGAAUUCCCACUAACUGAAGAGCCUAUCCUGGGGAACUACAAAAUUAUCAUAGCAAAAAAGUCGGGAGAUAAAACAAAUCACUCAUUCCUUGUGAAGGAAUAUGUGUUGCCAAAAUUUGAUGUCACAGUCACUGCACCAGAAAGCCUUACAGUCCUGGAUUCAGAGUUCACAGUGAAAGUCUGUGGAGUGUACACCUAUGGCCAGCCUGUUGAAGGGAAAGCCCAGAUCAGCGUGUGCAGGGAUUUUGAUUCAUAUGGGAGGUGCAAGAAAAGCCCAGUUUGUCAAUCAUUUACCAAAGAUCUGGAGACAGAGGGCUGUCUCUCCCAGGUUUUCAGCUCUAACAUCUUUGAGCUAAAUCGCAUUGGCUACAUGAGGAACCUCGACGUGAAAGCCAUUGUCACAGAGAAAGGAACAGGCCUGCAACUUACAGCUACUCGGUCUAUUUCCAUAACUCGGGUGAUGACCAGUAUACAGUUUGAGAACAUGGAUCGCCAAUACAGAAGAGGAAUUCCUUACUUUGGACAGAUCAAGCUGGUAGACAAAGACAACUCUCCUAUUUCCAACGAGGUUGUUCAGCUAUUUGUCAAUAACAAGAACACAGACAACUUCACCACUGAUGAUAAUGGCAUUGCCGAGUUUAGCAUUGACACGUCUGAAAUGUUUGAUCCUGAGAUCAGUCUGAAAGUAACUUAUAAAUCCAGUGACCAGUGCCACUCUGAAGGUUGGAUAGAGCCUUCCUACCCCGAUGCAUUUCUCUCCGUCCAGCGCUUCUACUCCUGGACUAGCAGUUUUGUGAGGAUUGAGCCUUUGUGGAAAGAGCUGAGCUGUGGGCAGAAGAGGAUGAUUACUGUGCACUAUGUCUUGAACACAGAAGGAUACAAGAGCAUCAACACCAUGAACUUCUACUAUGUGGGCAUGGCAAAAGGCAAGAUUGUCCUUACGGGGGAAAUUAAAGUUAAUAUCCGAGCUGACCAAAAAGGCACUUUCACCAUCCCAUUUGUGGUCAAUGAGAAAAUGGCUCCAGGCCUUCAGUUGCUGGUAUAUACCUUACACCCUGCCAAGGAGCUGGUGGCAGACAGCAUCCGAUUUCCAGUUGAGAAGUGUUUCAAAAACAAGGUCCGGUUGCAAUUCUCUGAAAAGCAGAUGCGCUCAGCUUCCAAUGUCAGUUUAGUCAUCGAAGCUGCUGCCGACUCCUUCUGCGCUGUGAGGGCAGUGGAUCAGAGCGUGCUGCUCCUGCAGCCUGAGACAGAGCUGUCUGAGGAAAUGAUAUACAACCUGCAUCCCCUGCAAGACUUUCAAGGCUACAUCUUCAAUGGGCUCAAUCUAGAAGAUGACCCCCAAGACCCCUGUGUCUCAUCUGACAACAUCUUUCACAAAGGCUUGUAUUACACACCUGUAAUGUCUGGAUUAGGUCCAGAUGUAUACCAGUUUCUCAGGGAUAUGGGCAUAAAAUUUUUUACCAAUGCCAAGGUUCGGCAACCAGUUGUGUGUACUAGUGAGACUGUAAGACCUUCACCAUAUUUCUUGAAUGCAGGAUUCAUGGCUUCUACACACCAUGUCAAAUCAUCAGCUGAAGUUGCUAGAGAGGAACGUGGGAAGAGACUCAUCCUUGAGACUAUUCGGGAAUUCUUCCCUGAAACAUGGAUUUGGGAUAUAAUUCUAAUUAACUCUACUGGAAAAGCCAGCAUCUCAUACACCAUCCCUGACACCAUCACCGAAUGGAAGGCCAGUGUCUUCUGUGUAGAAGAGUUGGUUGGAUUUGGUAUGUCUGUGCCUGCCACCCUGACAGCCUUCCAGCCUUUCUUUGUGGACUUGACCUUGCCAUACUCUAUCAUUCGAGGAGAAGAUUUUCUGCUUAGAGCCAAUGUCUUCAACUACCUUGAUCACUGCAUUAAGAUUAAUGUUUUGCUGUCAGAUUCCCUUGAUUAUCAGGCCAAACUCAUCUCUCCAGAGGAUGAUGGAUGUGUAUGUGCCAAACAAAGAAAGACCUAUGUCUGGAAUAUUUUCCCUAAAGAAAUUGGAAAUGUAGUAUUCAGCAUUACUGCAGAGACCCAGGAUGAUGGAGCUUGUGGAGACAAAGCACCUAGGAACAUCAGUAUUGACUACAGGGACACCCAGAUCAGAACACUGUUGGUUGAGCCUGAAGGCGUCAGAAGGGAAAAGACCCAAAACUCCCUAAUCUGUACAAAAGAUGAUGUGGUCAUUAAAGAUGUUGCUCUAGAUCUACCUAAAAAUGUGGUGGAAGGAUCAGCCAGAGCUUCCUUUUCUGUUAUUGGCGACAUCAUGGGCACUGCCAUGCAGAACCUGCACCAGCUCCUCCAGAUGCCAUUUGGCUGUGGGGAGCAGAACAUGGUCCUGUUUGCACCCAACAUCUACGUCCUGGACUAUCUGAACAAGACAGGGCAGCUGAGUGCCGAGGUCAAAUCCAAGGCCAUCGGAUACUUAGUGAGCGGCUACCAGAAGCAGCUGUCAUACAAACAUCCCGAUGGGUCCUACAGCAUCUUUGGCACCAGAGAUAAAGAAGGCAACACCUGGCUCACUGCCUUUGUGUACAAAUCAUUUGCACAAGCUAGUCACUUCAUCUAUAUUGAUGACAAUGUCCAGGCUCAAACCUUGAUGUGGCUGGCAAGCAAACAGAAGUCAGAUGGCUGCUUCCAAAGUGUUGGGACACUCUUCAACAAUGCCUUGAAGGGAGGAGUAGGUGACGAGCUGUCACUUUCUGCCUACAUCACAAUUGCCAUGCUAGAAGCUGGGCACUCCAUCUCGUACCCUGUAGUCCGAAAUGCCCUUUUUUGCCUGGAGACUGCAUCUGAGAAGAAUAUCAGUGAUGUUUACACUCAGGCACUCAUGGCCUAUGCUUUCUGCUUAGCUGGCAAGGCAGAAAAAUGUGAUUCAUUCCUUAGAGAGUUACAGAAAUCAGCAAAGGAAGUCGAUGGCUCACAGCACUGGGAGCAGGAGAAGAGAUCUCCCUCAGAAAAAUCCCCCUCCUUCCUUGACCACGCCCCAUCAGCUGAAGUUGAGAUCACCAGUUACAUACUGUUGGCAUUGCUCUGCAAACCCAAUCAGAAUCAAGAGGAUCUCACAAAGGCCUCAGCGAUUGUGCAGUGGAUCAUCAGGCAGCAGAAUCCCUAUGGAGGUUUCUCUUCCACCCAGGACACAGUCAUUGCUCUUCAAGCCCUCGCUGCUUAUGGUGAGGCCACCUACAAUUCUGUUACACAAAACGUAGUCAAGAUAACUUCCAAAAAGCCUUUUGAGAAGGUAUUUAUUGUCAACGAUGCAAACAGGCUCCUGGUGCAAGAGACUCCCCUUCUUGAGGUCCCUGGGAAAUACAGCCUAACAGUGAAUGGCAGUGGAUGUGUACUUCUGCAAACAGUACUGAGAUAUAAUAUUCACCUUCCAGAGGGGGCCUUUGGAUUUUCAUUCUCAGUAAAGACAUCAAAAGCUUCCUGCCCACUGGAUGGACCAGCAAAAUUUGAUAUUGUCCUCAUAAGCAGUUACACAGGGAAGCGCAGCCGCUCCAACAUGGUCAUUAUUGAUGUGAAGAUGCUCUCUGGCUUUGUUCCUGUUAAGUCCUCCCUGGACAAGCUCAUUGAUGGUCAUACAGUGAUGCAAGUAGAAAACAAGAAAAAUCAUAUUCUCCUUUAUCUGGAAAAUAUCUCUCAGAAGAAAAGGAAAGAAAUAACUUUCUCAGUUGAGCAGGACUUUGUAGUGACUCAUCCCAAGCCAGCUCCUGUGCAGAUCUAUGAUUACUAUGAAACAGAAGAGUAUGCUGUUGCUCAGUAUAUGUCACCUUGCAAAGAGGCUGUUGCAGAAGUGGAUUAAUGAUUAGAAAAGGACCAUCAUCAAUGUUGAACAAGUGGUCAAUCAUCCUAUUUUCUUCUGUCACUAAGUUCUGGAAAGGGC